AUGGAGCCCCAAAAUGCUGCCCAGUCGAUAUACGAGGGGAUGGACCCCCAAAAAUCCCAGAGACGCGCCUCCUUCUCGCCAAUUAAGGCCAUACGGUCGCUUAGCAUCAGCUCUCAGAUGUCUCAACUGUCCACCACCUCAACCUCGGAGACUGAGCUUUCGUCCGGUGGUAGCACCCGGAAAAGGAAGCUGUUGAAAACCCGGCCUUCUGAUCUCUUCAGGAAAGACGACUUGAUGCGCAGGCCUUCCAAAGCAUCGACUGUGGACACUGCGGAUUACGAGUCCAUAUCAACCAGGCCAACAUCGCCAUCGCUUACCGGUAGCCAGGGCACCAGUAUCUCGGGUGACUUCACAACCCCUAUCAAGUUUGGCGCGCUUCAGCCGGAAACCACCCUUCUCAAGACGAAGAAGGAGUUUCUCGUGCUCACGCCGAUAGCCCUGCUCAGGUUCAAGACCCGCAUUGCCGCUGCCGAACAAUUUCCGCAGAUUUCACCAACCGACAACUUCGCCGGAGGCCUUUCCCCUAUCGAGUCCCAGGGGUCUUCCAGAGGAUUCGGGAUCGGUGCUGAAUCUUGCGUCCCACUGGAGAAAGUGGUAUCGGCUUUUAAGGAUGAAGGAACCCGCCCCUCUUUUGGGAUAGAGGUCUGGUGGAGAAGCUCUGAUGCGGCAUCCACGUUUGCCUGCGUCCAGCUUGAUUUCAGUCUACCAAGAGAGCGGGACGACUGGUUGAAAGCGAUCCAGCGCGCGGUCAAGUCAAGGGGCAGAGCUUUCAUGGAUGAUCGCACGCCGGCCGAUAUUGAACUCGACUUCAGAUUAAUACUCCAGGCCAAGCACAGAGACCAGAAAGAUGCCCAGAUCGAUAUUUACCCUGUCGUACCUCGGCGUCCAUAUACCAGGCUCGGCGGUAGCUCGGGCGAGGUCAGGAAGAAUUGGCGGGACGCAUCGUCUUUUUAUCUGGCUUUCACCAAGAAUUCCCUGCUGCUCGCCCAGUUCUCGAAAUCCUCCACGGGCCAGAAAGUCAACCCCAGUCUGGUUCAGUUCGGAUUGGUAACUCUGUCUAGGGUCAAUACGAACAUGAACGACGACAGGUUCGAUCUCAUUUUCCGCCUACCGUUAGACCAGCCGACGAAGGUCGAGUUAUCCACUCGAUAUUAUCGGUCCAUUCUAUCGAAGUUGUUCAAGGCAGAUACGUACUUGAAGCCCGCUUGGCCUCUCUGGACAAGGCGUGAGGUUUUCUUAGUCGACGGAGAAGCACAGCAGAUCCCGUUACCCAACGGCGAGGAUUAUGGUGGGUUCAAAACGACCUUGGAAGCGUUCCUUGAAGGUUAUCAUUGCCCACCCGUCGACUGGACCGUGAAAUGGAAGAACGUGCGAUAUGCACCUGAAUUUCGCCUUCUGCCGCCAACGCAACGUUCCCAGUACACAGCCCAUCAGCUUCUUGCUGUCUUCCGCGCACUGCGUUUCAAUGACUACUUCAAGUCUUUGUCAUUCUGCGACGUCGGCUUCUCCAAUCUCUCCAAUGUCUUCGACAAUACUAGACGUCUGGAGUCUACCAUUUGGCUUUCUCGAACAGGCAAACGCAGCCUAACUCGAGGCGAGUUCGAUCUGUUGGAGGGUUCUUCAGUCUUGUUCCAAGAGCUCGUUUCACUUCUUCUCGGAUCUGAGGCGGUGAAGCACAUCGAUUUAAGCAAUGUGCUCAACAGAGCACGUGUAGCUCCGGCACCGGGAAUAUCGGAUUCACCUCCACCAUCAAACAAUGGAAUCUGCGAGAUCGUGCCACCUGUUGUCCUGCUUUGGAAAUCGCUGCAAACUCGAUGCGUGUCAGUACGUCUAAGUGGCAACGCUUUGAGUGAAGCUGACAUUAUCGAAAUUGGUCGAGCUUUCCAAAAUCGGCCAAGUUUUAUCAAGUCACUGGACGUUUCGCGGUGCGACCUGUGCGAGAGCGCGCUUGUCUAUUUUUGGGAGGGCCUGUACGAACAACGAUCAAGUAUCGAAGUUCUCGAUACGUCUCACAACCCGGGUUUCGUGGAAGCGACGAGGGUAUCUUAUGUCCUCAAUGGGGCCAGAAGAGUAAAACGUUUGAACCUUGCGCACUCUAUCAAGGGGAACCUCAACGAGCCCCUUUUUCGUCCAUGGAGCAGCACGGGUUCAUUUGCGCCAUGGCGAUUGGAGGAGCUAGACCUCUCCGGCUGGAAGAUCAAUUUCGACACUCUGUGCGGAAUCAUGAAAUAUCUCGAGCUCGAUGAGUCCUACGGUCUGCGUCGUUUGACGCUAAACAACUGCGGGCUCUCUGGAGAAAUGGCAACUGGCAUCCUGUGCAGGGUUGGCGGGGGCCGUGACAUAAAUCUACAGCUUAGCGAAAAUCACCUGGAAGUCGGGUCAACUGACUGGAUUGAUCUCAUUCAUGGAAACGAAGCUCCCAGAAUGCUUCAUAUGGAUAUGAUCCAGUUUCAACACGAUUCGAACUUCAACCGGCUAUUGACGGCGCUUUCUCAUAACCAAACUAUUGAGUUCUUGAGCAUGGUUGGGACCGGACCACCAGCCAGGGCCGGUUCGAAAACAUCUGAGCUCCUCUCGACCUUCUUCGAGACAAACGACACCUUGAAGUUCCUUGAUCUGUCUGGUUAUAGUGGGAAAUUGGAAGACGGUCACCUUGGCUGGGGUCUAUCUGGAGCGUUGGGCGGCCUGAAACAGAACAAGUCACUCCUCCAACUUCGAAUACAGAACCACGAUAUUGGUGCGGCCGAGGAUGUGUCGGAACUGUGUCGGGUACUUGCUGCCAACAGAGGGCUAGCAAUGUUUGACUGCCGGAACAAUAAUUUCGACCACCACCAAUUCGCGAAGCUCGUCAAUGCGCUGAGUUUCAAUCAUCAGCUCAUAUCUUUCCCCAUAUCCGGGGCGGAUCGCGACUAUGCAAUCCAGAAGGAAAGGCGCAUUUUCAUGCAACACCAGGAUCCGACUGGCAAGUCACAGGCAAAGGGGUCCAAGACUUUGGAGAGUCGAUUGGACGGCCUGUUGUCCUGGCUCAGAGAUCACUGGGAUACCGAGGCCAAGAAGGCGCAGGCUAUACUACACAGAAACCGGGAGGACCCGAUGAAUCAGCUUCUCGAACUCGAGAGCGAAUACAUCGAUGCUUGGGACGAUGAUCUUCCCUGCUGGCUCAAACCAACGCCGGGGACUAACCAGAAGGGCAAAGGCAAAGCUGUGCGUUCACACUCUGGAUCGCUGGACGACGAAUCAUCCAUAACACCAACAAACCUGAAUCCAGCACCUAGAGUAUUGGGUAUAUCCAUCCCGAACCGGAAGACCUACAUGAUGGAAGAAGCAUCGUCCGGCUCGGAAUCAGGCCCCUCCAGUCGGAGCGCAACACCCCCCGACCCCGGCUCUCCUCCGCCUAGAGGCCAAAGGGUGGCAGCACCAGCGCCUCGUCGCGCUCCUCUAGAUUUAGAUGACUAG